GGGUACACCACAAAUUAGAAAAAAACCCUAGUUCCCCCAAAUUUUUUACCGAUUCCGUCUCCUCGCACCAAGUUCCCGAUAUUACUUACGCGGAAAGGCUCGUCGAAAACCCUAGAUUCAUUCGAUCUCGUCUUUUCUCCCCCGCUUAUGGCGAGCGCGGCACGAGGAGAGAGCAGCAACCCGUACGGCGGCGGAUUAGGAACCGGCGGAAAGUUCCGUAAGCCGACGGCUCGGAGGUCUCAAAAGACUCCUUAUGAACGGCCACCGACCUCCGUGAGAGGGUCUGGAGUUGGAGGGAGGGAAGAUAGAGGAGGAGGAGGAGGCGGCGGGUGGUUGUCUAAAUUGGUGGAUCCGGCUCAGAGGCUUAUUACUUAUAGCGCUCAUAAGCUUUUCGCUUCUGUGUUUCGGAAACGGCUUGGCUCUGGUGAAUCGCCCUUACAGUCUCCGGAGCAGCAGCGGAUUCCAGAAAGAGAUGUGAUUCAGGAGACUAGAGUUGGACGCGUGGAGAGUACGCCUGCUUUGUCUGUGAAAAGUGAUGUGGUUCGGAUCCAAGAAGCCAAUGCAUUAGGCAAUCCAGGGAAAGGCAAGGAUGGAUUUACGGAUCUUGAGAAUAUUUUGAAGGAGAAAACUUUUACAAGGUCUGAAGUUGACCGAUUAACUGCACUGCUCCGUUCGAAAGCUGAUGUUUCAUCCACUGUAAACGGGGAUCAAAGAAAUGAUGCGAGUAAUUUGCCAAAUCCACAAACACAUGAGAGGGAUAGUGCACAUCCAGAUAAUGGAACUAUGAACGCCCUUGUUUCAACACCUCUUGGAAGUUCGAGGGCUCUCGAGGAGCGCAUUGCUUCUCCAGCACAGCUUGCACAAGCCUACAUGGGUAGCAGACCUUCAGAAGUUACUCCUUCUAUGCUGGGGUUGCGUGGCCAAGCGGUUAGGGAAGAUUCUGUUUUCCUGAACAGAACCCCUUUUCCGUCAAAGUCGCCUACAAUGUCACUGGUGCCAAAGCUUUCUGGACAAAGACCUCAGGAAAAUGGUUUUGUCACCCCUAGAACUCGGGGAAGAUCUGCUGUUUACAGCAUGGCCAGAACACCAUACUCUAGGCCUCAGUCCACUCCGAAGAUUGGGUCUCCUUUCCGGUCAUCUCCAAGCACAUGGGAAGAAAGCUUAUCUUCUGGUUCUAGACAUGGGUUUCAAUCGGGUCUCAAACGGAGGAGUUCAGUCUUAGAUAAUGAUAUAGGAUCUGUGGGGCCUGUAAGGAGGAUUCGCCAGAAAUCUAACCUUUCUUCUAGAAGCUUGGCGUUGCCUGCCUCAGAAACCCCACUUUCUGUUCGUGCCAAUGGUGGACAAAACAUUACACAUACAUCUAAAGAUAGUGCAGAGGAUAUUCCUGGUUCAAGUUUUAAUCGUGUCCCUUCUGCAUCCAAGGAGGCGGCUUUGAAAAUCUUCGAGCAACUUGAUAGAAUGGAUUCCACAAAGGAGAAAUCCCCGAGCAAGUUGUCAUCGUCUAUGCUACGAGGCCCGGCUCUCAAGAGCCUUCAGAAUGUGGAGCCGCUGAAGUUCUUGGAUAAUAUUCCUGAGAAGAAGGCAAAUUCGCCAGUCUCUAGUCAUCAAAAGCAGGAAAAAUCUGGAGGGAGUGGCUCCAGGGAGGUUUUAGCUCUAAGUGGGAAGACUGGUAGUGCUGCUCAUGACACUAACAAAGCAAGUUCCAGUAAAGAUCAGGAGACUCGUGUUAAAGGCGGUUAUUUGCCUCUCACGAGUUCUUUGGAAGAGCAGCCUCCAAAAAAACGAGCAUUUCGGAUGAUAGCCGAUGAGGAGUUGGAGGAUGAUCAUGUUGCAGCACCUACUCCAUUUGAAGAGGCAGAAAAACAGAAUGUCGGAAAAGUGGAGAAAAGUGUUAGUUUCAGCGUGCCUAAAGGGGAGACACUAUUUACUUCAUCUGCGACCAUGGCCUCUACGUCAUAUACUCCUAAUGGUGACGCCUCUCAGAGUACUUCUAAUGGAUCUCCUGAAACUGGAAAGAGCCAGUUUUCUACUUUACCAAUGGAAUCUGUUAAGCAAAGUAAUAUGCCCUCUGAGCCAACUUCAAAGGUCAUCCAAGGGAAUGAGAAAUCAAAUAUUUCUCCUCCUAAGAUGAUCUCAGGAGGGGAAUAUAUCUCUCGGGAAGAACCUAAAAAAGCUGCUGCUGUGUUUCCUAACACCUUCUCGUCACCAGCGGCCACUGACUUUUUAAAUCAAAACAAUGGUACAUCUGCAGCCAUGAAGUUCGAAAAGCCGAGCAGCUCUACUUUUGGAGUAUCAGAGGCUUUUGGAAAGCCAACUGAAACAAAGAAAAAUGAUGGCAACAGCGCUUCUGGAGCUGAGUCAAAUACCUCAGCUGAAUCGGUCCUCAACGGCUCUCUUGGUUCAAAACCUUUAUUCUCAUCUAGCAUUUCGAAUAUACCUUCCAAUAAUUCUGUGAGUGAGGUGCCAUGCUCUGUGCAAUCUUUUGCUGCUACUCCGACUGCGCCGAGUGUAUUUGGCAAGACUCCGACUGCCUCGAGUGUAUUUGGAAAGUUGCCUGCUAAUACUAGUAACGACAGCAGUUCUGGCAACAACUUAGAAUCAGCUCCAGCACCUCCUCUCUCUUCUACGUCAUCUCUCAAAUUUGGGGAACCUGCAGCAGCUCCUCUCUCGUCUACGUCACCUUUCAAAUUUGGGGAACCUGCAGCUGCUCCAUUGUCUGCUUCAUCAGUAUCUGCAUCUAGUGCUCAGGUUUCAAAAGAGACUGAAGUAAAAAACCCAACAUUUGGAAAUAUAAGCAGUUUCAAGUUUGGUGGUAUGGCGUCAGCUGAUACGAGCACUGAAAAUACUUUUGCUGCUAAAACCUCAGAUGUUAAAAGCACGCCAGGUUUUACUUUUGGGAGUUCCCCUACUGUGACAGACGCUGGUAAAAUUAGCUUUGGUGGGACAUCGUCUGCGGCUGGUGGCAGCACAGUAAACCCUUCUACUGCAUCUUCUACACCUGGGAGCUCUUCAAGUUUAGUGUUUGGUGUGUCAUCUUCCUCAACCGCAACCCCUGGGACGGAGAGCAGCAAGUUUUCGGGGACUUUUACAGCUGCUACUGGAAGUAAUAUUUUUGGAACUUCGUCUCCUGCAUUUACAAGCUCUGGUAGUAGCGUUUCUGGAGGUGUAGCUGCAAGUACUACAAGCAAUGUUUUUGGAUUCAAUGCUGUUUCAUCAGCUUCUGCUGCUAGCUCCCAAUCUCAGGGCUCAAGUCUUUUCGGUGCUGCAAAUGGUCAGACGGGUACAACAGGUAGCGGAACCACAACUCAAACCCAAAGCGCCCCGUUUCAGUUUGGGUCAUCUGCUUCAGCUCCUUCAUUUGGCUUGUCUGGGAGCAGCACUUCGACGAAUAGUUCCCCGUUUGGAUUGUCAAAGCCGGAAUCUGCAGUGUUUGCUUCCGGUUCAACCCCUCAACUGAGUUCGACAAACAUGUCUUCAAGCUCUAGUGGUACAACGAGCUCUCCCCUGUUUGGGACAAACUGGCAAGCUCCCAAACCUGCUCCAGUCUUCGGUUCCUCAUUCACCACUUCCUCUACUCCAACCUUUUCGUUUGGAGCAUCUUCUGCUGCUACCGGUUCAAGCGCUUCUGCUCCCAGCACCUUUAGUUUCAACUCAUCCGCUCCCACCAUUCCUCAGCAAUCAGUAUUCGGUAACUCAGCCCCCUCCGCGACUCCUCCCUCACCCUUUGGAAACUCAACCCCCUCGUUCGCGUUUGGUGCAACUGCUCCACCAGCAAAUAAUACGAAUGGUUUCAACAAUAGCCAACAAAUGAGCAUGGAGGACAGUAUGGCAGAAGACACAGACCAAGCCAACAAAACAUCCAUGGUACAACAACCAAUGUUUGGACAACAGCCUGUCUCAAUGGCUCAACCAAGCUUUACCUUUGGCGGAGGAGCACCAGCAACACCGCCUCCAACAAUGGCUAACCCGUUCCAGUUUGGAGGCCAGCCGAUUGCAAACACACCACCACAAAACGCAUCACCUUUCCAGGCCUCACAGAGUCUAGAGUUCCAAGGAGGUGGGAGCUUCUCACUGGGCAGCACAGGAGGUGGCGAUAAGUCUGGGCGGAGAAUCUUCAAAGUGAAGAAAAACAACAGAAAGAAGUGAAGCGGUGUAUGGAUCAUGAUCAGUAUACAACUCAUUAAUAGUCUUCGUUUUAUUACUCAGUCAAACUUGGAUUCAGAUGAACAUCGUCUUUUGAUGGAAGAGGUAAAAUGUCAAAAUGUGGUUUUGUUUUUUUUUACGCUUGUCUGUCAUUUUCGUGUUAAGAGUCAGGAUUUGUGGGGUUAAAAAAUGUUGAGAGAGUUAUAAAGUAAGAGUAGUUCUGUCUAAAAACUCGAUUGUACUAGUGUUUUUGUAUCCACAUUCCACACAACUAGUCAAACUUUUUCUUUACGUUUGGG